UUAUAAAUAGUUUAGUUUCAAAGUAAAAAAAAAUGAUAGCACGACACGUGCUGGAGUGGCAUGUGUUCAGCACAUGUCCUAACGGUAUACACACAUUUAAAGUGAUUGAAUAAGGAAUGUGUUCGUAUGCAUUACUAAACCGGGAGAUAUGGAGAGGAUUGUGUAAUGUUCAUGUCUUGUACUUGUGCGUCGCUUUUGUCAAUCCAAUGCUGGAUGAAGACCGUCCAACGCCGUGCAGGUUGUAGGGAGUUGUUUAGCCUUCACCACGCUGGUCAGUAAUGGAGUGUAGAUAUGGGAGCAUAGAAGUGCAGUAUAGCAAUCAAUGGAUAUUGAUUGUUUAGCUCAUGACACAAUGGUUCAUCUUCAUCUGCCAAUGUGUGUAAAUUGUGGAUCAGUGUGAAAAUGGAGAUCUUCACUGAAGUAAAUUUAUUUUACAGGGAAGUGGUGAGAAAAGUUUCGGUUUUCCUGAAAAACUAAAUAUUUAACAAGACAGGUAUGUGCCACACGCAAACUGUCUAACAAGGCAAACGAUAAGCUGGUUUAGUUGAUUGUAAAUACCAUUAUUAUUCAAUAUUGGCAAACAUCACCAUCUCAAACCAACUGCUACAAAAAGUUGGCUGGUUGAGAAUAAUUUAACAAUCUUCCUUAUUCUGUGAAUCCUUUAAAAACAUUGUGAAAUAAAAUAGAACAUUCUAUAUACACGUGUGUUACACUUACAGACAUGCAUUUGAUUAUCCAUUGAUUAAUUCAUUGAUUUUAUCCUUGCAUUAAUUCAUUUAUACCAUUACAUUCAUCCAUCAAGCAUUAAUUAAUAAUUACUUAAUUCAUUCCAUGUUUCGUUAUCAAUACAUGCAAUAGACUGAUACAGAGAUUCAGGAAAUGUGCACCCAGAUACACAGGGACAUAGGAUGAGGGAAAGUUACAGUAAACAGAUUAAGAUAGUGAUAGAAAUAAAAAAAAGAACCGGGCCACAGUCUAUGGAUUCAUUUAUUUCUGUUAGUGUUCAAAUAAGUAACUGUGUACAGAAACGUCACGUUACCAAACAAUCCAAAGUUCUACCUCACCCCUAACCAAGUUAAGCUCAGAACUCUCAAGGUGUAUUAUAAUAACAUUAUUAAGCUGGCCUAUAAAUGGGGAUCCGUGGUGAUCUGGUGGACAGAUCUCUGUAGAGAUGAAGCAUUCAUACAGAUGAGUUAUAUUUAUUUUUACAGAAAGUUGACCAUAACCUGAAAGCGAGUAAUCAACAGGCAGCCAGAGACACACUGCUAACCAUUAUUAGGCAGGCUGCCAUCCAACUGGAACCUGCCAAAAACCUCAAAUUCAACCAACCAUUUAUUUCCUACCAAAAUACAGCAAACAGCCCAGGCCACUCGGUAAAAUAAUCCUUUAGUGGAUUUGCUGGGCAAGUUUCGAGCUGAUUGGCUAAUACAGUUUAUCUGUUUGUACAUCAUGUAAAGUUCGUAUGGGGACACGGUUAGGAUUGAAUGUGGGGGUCGCGAAACGGACAAGAGACCACUCCCACAGUGAUAACCUGGCAAGGAAGGUGGGACAAGGGGUUAGCGGUUUACAAGAAAAGCCCACAGAUACAGAUUGGCAGGAGAGAUAAAUGUAGAGGAAACGAAGCGAAGGGGAUCAGGGUAAGGCUUGUCAUCAACAACAGUGUUCGUGCCGUAAGUGUUGGUAUUGAUUGAAACAAUAGUUUCCUUACCGACCUAAAUUUCAAGAAACCAACCAUGCCCUACCUCACGGCUCUUCAAGAACCAUAUAUUCCCAAGUCCUUAACGUUGAUCUUCAUAAUUGACAUACGUUCCAUGCAUGCUUCCCAAAAAUCAUGGUUGAGGAGUGCUGACACAUUUCUUCAACACGUGGGGUGAACAAACCCCGUCAACAACGGAAUAUGUCAGUACAACGAUGCAACAGUGGAGGACGUGAGGGUGGGAUGAGAGUUGUGAAUCAGCUAAUUUGAAAUCGCCCAUUGUCUAAAGAUGAACUGAACACAAUAAUUAUUCGCGUCAAUCUUCUGAGAGUUUAUUAUUUCAGUAGCUCUGAUUUACCACAAGCAAAACUCCGUACCUGUAUUUGCAUUGAAUGUCUCAUCAGCAGAGUCAGGCUUUGCUUGUACCAAUGCUGGUGGACCGCUGGAUGUUGAAGGGAAGGAACCUAAAUUAAUAUAUAGAUCCUCGUUUAACGAAUAAUUAUAUACAACUCAAAAUAAUCAUGAGCGUCGUUGGAGAAUAUUUAAAAAUGUUUACUCAACCCAUUGGCACUCGCCCACGCCCGCAAUCCCAAAGAACCUGUUUGGCCAUUGAAGGGUCGAGGGUUUCAGUCGUUUCUCUACGCCUCUCUUCACAGCAGCAGCGUUCUGCACUGCGAGGGCCUCUGAGUGUUGCAGCGCCGUACAACUCCCAAGUUCGUGAAGCAACCAAGAACCGAAUCGUCUGAGAGGAGAUGGAGCGAUGAAAUCAUCCCGUGUGCAGGCGAUGUCUGGAGAGGACGAAGAGGAAUGCAGAAGCCAGGCUGACGAUGAACUUGCACAAAAGCUCAGAGAUGUGGGUCUUGACACAGUUUACUGGAAACAGAAACUGCGUGAGGUUCUGCUCAUUUCUAAUGCACAGGCCCUGCUUCACCUCGACCAGCAGGACAGCAGAGAACUGGACUCACAUUUCCGUAAAGAGUGGGAAAAGCGGGCAUUUUAUAAAAUGCUUGGCAUUGUUGCUGCUGAUGGUGUUGUCAGUGCUAAAAAGGCAGUGAGCUUGGCUCCACAUAUACAAAUUGAUAAUCUGUUGCCUUCUGUCGUGUCUGAGAGAAUUCACGAGCCUGCCCAAGAAAUAUGUCCAUCUGUUUCAACACAUUGUUUGUCAGAUACAGAGAUUUUACAAAACGCAUCAGGGGGUCUUGCUCUAGAGGGGGUUUAUAUGAGUGGAAAGUUAGAGGAUGCAUUAGAAAAGAGAGGAAAACUCUUGACGAGCCCACAAACAUUCCGGCUCGUGGGUCUGGUCGGCAGGUCAGAGACAAAACAACACGAGUUUAUUUCUUUCAAUGAUGAAUCCAUGUUCAGGAAGACCAUGGAAGUCAUGGGCUUCAGCAGCACUGUCUCCGAGAAAGGAUGCGUCUCGUCCUUGAGUAGAAAACCAGCCUUAAUGCAAGUCAAAUCAAUGAAUCUUAAGGAAAUGCAAAAUACUCAGACUGAUCAUUCCUAUCUUUCCAGGACAGAGUUUACGUACCUGCCCCUAGCCUCAGGUAAUCUUCAUAUGGCACAACUCAGGCUGUCUGAAGCAGCCCUGAAGGAGCUACAAAUGAUUGAGAAUACGUUGGAAAAUACAAAGGAAGAUUUUAAAAGCAACGUGUUUUCCAGCAUGAGCUGCAAAUUCUUCCACAAUUUUGGCUCUCACGCAAACGAGGGUCCUCUCCAAUUUGGAGGAAUUUUUUGGAGGAAGGCAUCAGCUAAAGGUUUCAGUUUACAUCAGCAAGAUGAAAUAAAACUGCUCUUGUCUGAGUUAUUCGAACCAAACAUUGGUGCCGACUGCGGCAGUAGUACAACGACUGAUACAGGUACUGCAAUGACAACUGAGCCAGCUCCAAGUGAUUCUGGACAUUACAGCCCGGUGCUCACCGAUGUGAUACAGAUGACGGUAACCACAACAGGGGGUAAUCCUGAUGUACAUAAUCUCCCUCAGUGGGAAUCUGCAAUUGUUGUCAAUUGCUGAGCUAAAUGCCCUUGGCAAGACAUUUACAGAAACAAAG